CCCCAAACUACAAGCAUCCAGCACCUUUGCUAUUGUCCACACUGAACCCCAGUUGUUAGAUGAAUCCACUUCUGCAGCUGCUGUAGCUCAGACGCCAAAUGUAUUCACAGGUACAGCUAUCUCUCCUGGUUUACAGCCUCAAGCUACACCUCUUCUGUCUGUGACGCUUCGCACUGUAGAGAAAAAGAGUGAUGGAAAAACCUCUUCCCAAACAAGCCCUCCAACAUCACAGGCUGGAAUUUAUAGGACGUCUCUGCCAAGUGUUUCUACUUCUGUCUCCUUAGGGAAAAGUCCUCCCACUUUUGCCAGUACAGCUUCUCCUACCGGUCAUCACAGCACAGUGAACUUUUCUCUUCUGAGCUCAGCUCACAUGGAAGAAGAUGCCAUGCUCAGCACCAGGACAAUGUCAACACUGGCUGUGUCUAGUGCUCAGGACCUUCCACAAAGGUUCCUUGGGCUCACCCAGCAUCUCAACCGAUCAGGUGAUCUUGGUGCGUCAAGUCUUGACUCUUUUGUGGUGAAUGGCAUCCUUGGAACAUCACCUUCCCUUCAAUACUUGUCCCUCCUGGUCCGGAACGCUGAAAACAUGGUGUGCUUGCAGAGCAUGCAAAACACCACUCCAUUUUCUGAAGAACUUAAUACCUAUGGGCAUGGCAUUGCUUCUGCCCAGGAAGCUCUGCCUUUGUCUUCUGCAUUUGGUUUGUCCCACCUCGGAGCUUCAAGCUUGAUACAAAUGAGCCCAUCCAGCGUCAUUCUGGUUAAACCUGUGUUUGUGUUUCUACCAGCUGAAACACCAAAAGUUCCUCCAUCAUCCUCUAUGGAGAAGGAAUGGGACCGGGAAACUAGUCUCACAUUUUCUCACAGGGCUGUUUUGGGUUUAGCGCCUUAUGCCGGCAACCAGGAGCAACAACUGGAAACCAGUCCAACUAUGUCCACCAUUUGGCAUUUAAUAAGGACAAAAUUGCUUUCCUCUCAGGCCUUUUCACUGGCUAAGCAAAAUAUUUCUCAGCCAGUCCUCAGUGCUGUACCAAAAACUACAGAAACCAGGUCUGACAGCUUGGUAGCUAAUCCAUUCCCCCAACAGCUGUGGGAAACUAGCACCAGAGCUAAGUAUUUGGGGACCCCAAACCAGAACAAUGGGAUUCAGUCCUCCACUCUUGAUUCCCCAAAGCUGGAACAGAAUUAUCCAGUUUCACUAUCUGUUGUAACCACUGCUGAUCAUUAUCAUAUCUCAGAUGCUUCAACUGCCAUGGUGCCUAUCCUGGAAAGACCCAAAAUGUUACCACUCUCAACUGAACUGGUGAACAUCCCCCACAAGACUUCCCCUUUUCCCUCCUUGGUUGAACCUUCUCAGAUGCUGAGAAGGUCCCUUGAGACAUCCAGGCCUGUAGAUAAUCCUCCACUGAGUAUGAUGCUAAUGCUUCACACUGAAGAUCAUCCUCAUGGUUCAGUGACCCCCAUUACUCCUGCAAGUAAAAACCCUGAAGCGUCCUUGAAUGCGUCUUCAGCUGGGAACAUGAAACUGCCAUUAGAGGUGGGACAUCUCACUCCUACAAGCCUUACAUCACAUAGCUCCUUGAGCACCGAGUUGCUUGGAAAGGAGCUGCUUCUGACUCCUUCGGAAGUUCAAUAUGUACCCAAUGAGAUGUCAAGUUCCCCAUCACUCCCAAAUGGAAAAGAACAGAAAGUCUCAAUAUCCUCAAAUGGCUCCUACUCAGAAGCAGUGGUUGCAUUUCCUGUGGCCACAGAAACUUUUUCCUAUCCAACAAGCACCUUCUUCUCCAAGCUUUUCCAGUUUCAUCCCAUCUCUCCCAAGCCUCCCAUGGUAAACAAGAACCCAAGGACUCUACCUUCACCUUCUGCCUUAGUCUUAGCAGAUCCUCCAUCACACACAACCCUGUCUGGGAAACCAGUUGAAGACCUCACGAAUCAUCAGGUGCCUUCUGGACAGAUGUCUUCACAAAUGUCAAUGCAUUCCUACUUUGCCAAAUCAGUGAUGAAAUAUGAUCCAACUACUCACCAGAGGACCUCUCUUUCAAGCAGAGGAGGAGAGCCAGAACCAAGAGUGAGUACUGGAGAAACCAAUCUGAGUGCAAGAGGCAAUGAUGAUCGUCAUCAAAUGGAAGCAAUUCACAUUUUGCCAGCUCUGUCUGACACAGAUCCUGGGCACCCCUCCAUGUGGAUGGUUCCCACAGACUUCAGAUCAACCUCAAUCUCACCAGUUGACACUGUGGGACCUGUAGGUUUUCAGAGUUUGUUUCAGAAGUUACCACCACACACUGUUCUUGGAGAUGCAUCACUUUCACGUCUUCAAGACGCAACUGCUUUGCCUGUGAGUAGAGGAGCAUCUGUUAUGGAAACAUCGCAUCAAGCUUUGAAGAGGGGGCUGCAGCCUACAGUAAGUGGAACAAAUAAAGAAGGAUUUUCAUCACCAUCACCUAGGCAGGAUCAACAUCCUAAACACAGGACAGGAGGCAUUGUAGGGACUGCAGAUGAAUUUCUGCUUAGAUCUAGUCCUCAUCUAGAGCAAGCAAGCUUAGAAGGUGAACAUCUGGAAGGGUCCAUAUUACUGGAUGAUAAAUGGACACAGGAUGUUGCCUUGCUAGCUCCCUCCCCAGUGUUUUCGACUAUUCUCAGUGCACCAGGAUUGACCACAUUAUCCUUUGAGGUUGAGGGACUUGGUGGUAGAAAUCAGAGACAGAGAUCCCAUUUUGACAAUCUGCCACUACACAUCUCUGAGAGCUUUCCACAUCUUCAAACCCAGGCCCAGCCAACCCCAGGGACCUUUGAAAUUACCUCUAAUAUCCAAACUGAUGGAGACUUCUUAGCAGAUGCUGUUAGCAGCCCUGGUGCUAUCAGUGAAUUGAGCUCAUAUGCAUCUAGGGAGCAGGUUGCCUUCACAAGCGAUCCUACAGGAGAAGGAAAUGAUGGAGAAAGAGAAGAAGAUGAUGAUGAAAGAGAUGAUCAUUCAGUAGCUGACCUGCCACCAUGGGACUCUGAUUCUAGUUGGUUAGACUGGAGAGCACAGCACCACCGGAGACUAAUGCGCUCAGAUGAUGUUUUCUUAGAUGGUUUGGCAGUAGUGUCCGAUGAUGCCUGUAGCUCUGGUAACUACACCACAGAAAUGAGACUCCAGCCUGCAGGUAGGGGAAAGACUCCAUCUUCUCCUGACAGUUUCCUGGCCCGGAUUGUUCUUCGUGACGAUGGAAGCCGCCCAACCCUGAGUGUCAAGUCGUGUUGUGUGACUCCCACCUCCAGGCCAACAAAUCUAGAGGCUGCCUCCUGCUGCCUUUUUCCCAGGUCGCUGGUGGAAUGCAGACAUAUUCAGAUCCACCAGAACAGCAAAUCUGGAGUGACCAACUUCACCAUCCAGCUUUUUCAGAUGGUCAACCAUUCUGUGGCGUACCUGCACUGCGAACUCAGUGUUUGCCUGAGCCAGAUGGCUGGGUGUGAACAGAAGUGCUUAAAAAACAUAGAGGCACCCUCCCAGCCCAGCGAGAGGAAUGGUUAUGAAACUCUCCACAAUGUCAUCUCCUUUGGUCCAGUCCUGAAAAGUGAAGCAGAAUUUGCACCUGGACUGGCUGUAGGUUCUCCUCUGACCAUGACGCUCCUGAGCUUCCUAGUCUCAUUGACCGGCGCUGUUGGCUUAAUGGCUACCAUCAUGGUUUUUUGGUUGCGUCGGAGGCGUCAGACAAAAUUAGGGGCACCCUCGGCACCCCCAGGGAAUGAAUCCCCUUGAAGCCACCGAGCACCCAUUCCAGUAGCCAAGAGACACCUUACCAUGCUGUUGCUUGGGCGAAUUGGGACCACUGCUUUCCCUGCUGAAUGGCUUUUUAAAUAGGGAAAUUCCUCCAGUCUCUGCUUCUCUCUUUUUCUGCCUUUAUCAUGAGAGAGGCAUAAGAGCCACAGAUGAGAAGUGGAGCAGUCUGCAGAAUUUGGGAGGAAAGAGUAGACAGAGUGGAAAGGAAGGAAGGAAGGAAGGAAGGAAGGAAGCCUUGAAAGAGUUUGGAUGUGCAAAGGAACCCAUAUGAAUUGCAUAUCCAGCCAGGGGACAGAAUGGUGGAGAUACAAAGAAAGAAAGCUCCAUCCUUAGUGGUCUGUUAGCAGAGUCAUUAAAGAAGGAAAUCCCCAAAACUGACUUGGAUCAAGUAUCUUUCUGUAAUUAUCUGUGAAGAUUUGAGUGCUGCAUUGCUAUUAAAUGAAACCCUAUAUUGACCUGGCUAUUUUUGCUGCAGCAUGACACCUAUUGACUUGAGGUCAAGGAAUAUCCAUUGAAAAUCCAUCUUGGAUUCAUCAGGAGAGACCUUUUAGGACAGAUGCUAGGAGGGCAGGAGAAGAAAUAAGGGCAAAUUGAUCUUUUUUUGAAGUAUGCGGAGGAAGUAUGACCUUAACCGAAACUCCUCCCAGAAUGGUGCCAUCUCUAUUGCUUGCUAAAACAUUUCACCUGCAAUAAAGAAAAAAAUAUGGGACAGACUCCUUGCAGUGUUGAAUAGAUUUCCUGUAGCUCUCGGAAUAUGAUUCGUAAACUGCUACUCUCUUGCAUGCAUCCAUUAUUAGACUUUGUCUUUGGCAGCCUUCACUUACGCAAAGCCCUUCUGCCUUUUUGGAUGCUUUGUCUGCCAAGAUGCAGAAAUGUGGGAUAGCCUGCCUGAUUUGAGGUCCAGGGGUAGAGUACCUUAGCAAGUGAAGUUUACACUAAAUGCUGGUUCCAUUUCCCCUUUUGCUUUCUGGCCUUUAGUGCCACUUUGGGGCUUUGCUCUGCAUCAAAAGAGGCAGGAAUUGCAGUUAUGUACAAUGGACUUUGGGACUCAGGUUCAAUGAGGAGGACACCUCAAUAUGAAGAUUGAGGCCUUCAAUCCUGAAGGCACAGAACAAGAACAACCAUCUAUUGGGCAACGAAGCCUGGUCAUUCCAGAUUUGAUCCUUCCGAUCGGUUCUCUGUGCUAGAUUCAUGGAAACAUGUGGUAUAAUAAAGAAGAUGUUGCCUCUGCAUUUGAAUGAAAUAAACAGCAGUCAGAGAAAGCCAGAGAGAGGGAAAGAGAGAAUGGUAGAUGAAAAACAUUGGCUGGCAUUCGAUAUUGCAGUUACGGAUUCAUAAAGUAGCAGGGUGGGCCACCUCGCAGAAGACUGGAAAAUGGCAAUUUUGUGAUUGCGGUUGGAUGGGAAUAGCAGAAAUUACUGCCGAGCAAUUGAAAUGCAGGCAGGCAAUCUGAGUGCCAAAAGAGACACCUGCUUGCCCCAGCCACCGAAGAUGUUCAAGCAGCGGUGGGAAAGAACGGGGUGUUCCGACCUCUCUGCAUUGUUUCGUGAAUUCGGGAUAAUAUCUGGGUUGAGGACACCCUGCGCUGGAAAACUGGCAUCCAGUUUGAGACAGGAAGCAUCAAGC